AUGGCCAGUAAAGCCAAUCGACAGCUGGUCAAGAGGAUCAACCUUUGGAACUCUCCAAAACACACAUUGACUAUGAACGGAAGUGAGCCGAACAAUGGCAUACGUUCCACAGACCUGUAUGAGCAGCAUCGCCACAAUGAGAACCUGAUGCGCGGGCAACCCAUUCAGCUGCCCGCCGACUACUCCCUCCAGCAUCAGCUUGCCUACCACGGCGCAUACGGCCAACUGCAUCUGUCCGACGGCCUCGACGUCAGUCAGUAUCCGAGCUACCAGUCCGAUCUUUCGUCCUUUCCUCCAGAAGCGGACGAGCAGCAGUCCCAUCCGCAACAUCAACAGAUACAGAAUCAGCAACACCACCAACAGCAACCUCAUCAGCAUCAGCAUCAUCAGCUUCAGCCGCACCAGCAGCAGCAUCAGCACCAGCACCAACAGCAUUCCUCAUCCGUCCCCGGCAUGAUGCUCGUCGACACGGUGAUGCAACUCGCCUACCAAUCGGACGAGGCGGCCAUGUCUGGGCUCUACGAUCCCUCAGCCUCGCAACUAUUUCCCGGCUACACAGAAGUCAGCUUGUGUCCCGGUUUGAUACCCGUGGAGACAGACACAGACACCACGAACGCGGUCGUGACUGCAGUCACAACCGCCUCGGCCAAUGGCGCUGUUGCAGUCAGUCCCUGCUGUCAAGGCAACUCAGGCGAUGCCACGACGACCGGUGCCACGACCUUCAUGGGCCUGGUAGAACAACCGGACGGUACCGGCAAGCGAUCUCUGCCCUACCUGGACGAGACCGGCUCUGGCUUGGAUCACCUGUCGGGCUCGCAAGAUCACCUCAGCCUGGUCGGCUUCGCGCCGGGCUACCUGACCUAUCAGCAGCCCUUCUCGACCGGCGACCAGCCCCAGCCUCACUAUGCUGGUCACCAUGGCAGCGGGAUGGGUCUGUUGGGCGUCGAGGCCAGUCACGGAGGU